CAGCACAGCCGGGGCUCACUGUAGAAUCUGCCCCAGUUUAUCCCCCGGCAGUACCGACGCGGGUUGACGAGGAGGAGUCGGCUUUCGUUUCAUCACCGUUUAUUUCUCCUGCCGCCGGGGGUAAUUCUAAGAAGAAGGCAGUAAGCAGUUUCAGAAGGCUCUGCUCAGAUACUACUACUGCAGUCAAAGAAAGCCCUGGCUUCAACAGCAAUGUUUUACCCAUCAAACCAGCUGCAAAGGAUGGAAGAUUCAUCUUGGUGUCAGAAGGAAUCAGGGUGCAGGACUACUCCCCAGCAAAAGCUGGCAGGAUUGUGAUGCCAGCCAGCGUCUCUCGCGCUCUGCAGACACAGAUCGACGAUUUCCUCAAUGGAUUCAGUGGUAGACAGGACAAGGCUGAUGAGCACGCGGGAGCAGAAGAGAUCCAAGCCCCAACGCCACCCAAGCCGAACGCAGAAGCACUGAUCAGCAGCGCCAACCCGUCGGUCUUGAAACACUUCGUAAGCAAGAUGUCCGGGAAGCUGGCUGUCUCGGUCACAGCCAAUGGAAGGGGAAACCAAGCAGCACAGGAAACGGGCAACAGCAAGACAAGUAACGAUGCUGCUUCCAGCCAUUCAAACCCAAAGCAAGUCAAACCCAGGCAGUCUGCCAGCAGCCCGCAACCGCUGCCCUUCCAGGAGAGCUCCCAUGACGAUUCUGAGUUUUACGCGCCGGACGGGUUGCCCAGAACCAUGCACACCAUGCCCAGUUUCCACGAGGCCUUUGCAGAAGCGAGGAAAGCACGGUACAUUAGACACCGAAGCAAAACCGACGAUGAGAAGGAACUGUCGAUCAGCGAAAUCUUUAGGAAGUGCAGUGGGCCCAUCCAAAGCGUCACAACGAAGGAGGUGGAAGCUGCCAAGGGCAACAGCUCCAUGGGAAAAAAUUCAAAUUAAAAAAC